AGUUGUGGAGGAGGUGAGCAAAGAGAGGGAGGGACUAUAAACAGAACGAGGUAGUCAGUCGAAACUUUCAACACAUCGCCGUCUGAGCCCCUCACCGCAGGAUUACUAAGACUUCUUCUCAAAGGAAACUGAUCCUCAUCAGCCAUGGGUGUAGAGGGGGGACUGAAAUGCGUGAAGUACCUGCUUUUCUUUUUCAACUUCAUUUUCUGGUUAUGCGGCCUAGCAUUGAUUGUGGUGGGAAUCGUGGCUCAGGUGGGCCUGCAGUACCCCUACAAGAUCCGUGAUGCCUCAGGGGGUCCUAUCAUCCUCAUUGUAGUCGGCGUGGUGAUUUUCUUCAUCGCAUUCUUCGGCUGCUGUGGAGCCUGGAAAGAGAACUACUGCAUGGUCACAAUGUUUGCUGUCCUCCUCUCCCUGAUCAUCAUUGCUGAGAUUGCCGCAGCAAUUGCUGGAUACAUCUUCAGAAACAAACUCUCAGCUGUCGUCCAGGAAAACCUCACUGAGAUGAUUUCCGGUUACAACAGCAGCACACCUGAAUUCAGAGCCAGCGUGGAUAAACUGCAGGAGGAUUUGAAAUGCUGUGGUGUGAACAGCUCUGCUGACUGGAGAAACUUCAGACCCGAUAGAAACUCAGUGCCCGACUCAUGCUGUGUGAAUGUCACUACAAACUGUGGAGUCGGGACCAUGACAGACCCUACCAAAGUGCACCAGCAGGGUUGUCAUGAUGCUGUGGUGGCUUUACUGAAGAAAAAUAUCCAGUGGGUGAUAGUUGCAGCUCUGGUUAUUGCUUUCCUGCAGAUUAUGGGCAUUGUGUUCGCCUGCUUGUUGAUGAGAGGCAUCCGCAGCGGCUACGAAGUCAUGUGAUUCGACUUCACAUUUGAGUAGGAGCUGGCUGUUCAGGUCAUGCUUAUUGGGAGCUUCACUUUGAAACUUUAAAUAUGUUGAUCUUAGAAUUCAGAUAUAAUGCACAGAACAAUAUAUUUUCCCUUGUAUUGAUUUUGGAUUAUAUUUUCAUAGGUUACCAGUAUCUGUGCUUCAAUGCUUGUUCUACGCAAAAUGGUAGAAAAGAUUCAUGUCCACUUUAUUAUCUAUGUUCUUGCUGGUUUUGAGGAAUUCUAACAUCUUUUACUUUGCUUGUUCUGUUUGGGACUACGGAUGUGUUUUGGAUGAGUUUUUAUUUUUUGAUGGUUCCAGGCUGACUGCCAGUUUCUAUUUUUAUUAAAGACUCUUUAAAUUACA